AAAGAUCUACGGUGGGAGGCCGUGUUAUCCGGUCUCUUCCGUUACCGCUCGACGCCGGCUCGGUGCAGUGAUGGCCAUCGCCGCGGCUACCAUGGCGGUCCACCACCCCUGCGCCCGCCUCCGCGUGUGCGCCGCCUGGGACAUGAACCCCGGCGCGGCAACCGUGGCCGUGCCCAAGCCCUCCAAGGCCAAGCCCAUGCCGCCGGCGACCGAGACCACCCCGACCCGGCCGCCUCCUCCAACCCACGCCGACCUCUUCGCGCGCGGCAGCGACGGCCAAGGAGGAAUAAAGAGCACAUAUAUGGGCUUUGAGAAGUGGUGGUUACCACCGCCGCCAGCUGUGAAGAAACCCCGAUCGCUCUACAGCGCAGCAUCGUUGGCUUACUUGGGAGACUGCAUAUAUGAACUUUAUGCUCGGAGGCACUUCUUCUUCCCACCUCUGAGCAUCAAUGAGUACAACAAGCGUGUGAUGGAGGUUGUAAAGUGCGAAUCACAGGAUCUUUUGUUGAACAAGCUUCUUGGAGAGGAUUUUCUAAAUCAAGAAGAAAGGGACAUACUUCGUUGGGGAAGAAAUAUUGUUAGCAGCAAAACUCGCACCAGAAAGCGUGCAGGAAUUGCAGUCUACAAUCGGGCAUCUUCACUUGAAACAUUGAUUGGAUACCUUUACCUCACAAAUUUCAAGCGAUUGGAGCAGUUGAUGUUUCAAUUAGGCUUCACGAGUGGUGCUUCUUCACAACAUAUUGCAGAUGAGCUGCGCUCGAGUUUCCAGAAAACAACCUCCACAUCCUCCUAAUCUCCGCAACCUGCAACGCAGUGAAUAGUUUCAAGGUGUAAUGAACUUGAUAGCACUUGCGCAAGGAUCUCUUAUGACUCAGCGACCGAUUCGAGCAUGCAUGACUUGUGGAAAUUCAGAUCCAAGAGUGAGACAAGAAUCACAUGGUUGGCAUAUGCUGUACAUUUAUCAACAAGUUUCAGAUAAUGGAGCAACGUGAGUCAUGAGUCACACUAGAGUCCGUGCACCAAAAGAGAUAAAGGACUGAAUGUGGGGGUGGAUUUUGGGCUUGUGUGGCUAUGAUAAAAGAAACUCCAAUUUGGGAGAACUAAGCCUUUUGUGAAUGACAAAUUCAUUAAGGCCCGGUUUGGGGCGAUGGAAUCUACCUAAAUUCAUGUAGGAAAUGAACUGGUUCGUGGGAAAUUGUUUGCAAAAACUUUGAAAAUACUGCUUCCUUGCA